UAGAGUGGGAGAAUAAAUAAUACGUAAUGAUUUUCAUAUAAUUAUUCAUAUAUCUUUCAUUUUCGCGAGUCAUACUUAAUGCAAGGCGACAUUUCCAUAUGAGCAACAAAAAGUCAAAUUAUGAUGGUUGGUUAAUUUUAGAUGCUAUUUCCGAAACCACAGGGCACUAUAAAGAAGAUGUGACCUACUAUCUCAAUCUUCCUCCAUAAUUUUCGUACAACCUCCAUAGGAGGUAAACAGCUCACAUGCCGCAGGCAACCCUGUUACACCUACCCACCAACCAUUAAGCCAUGAUUGCACGUUCGUACCUAUCAAUCAUAAAAGGGACUUAACACGGUUAAAAGGUUUACGAUGACUAAAAAUUUAGGUUUUAUAUUGCUCGCCAUUCCAACGUUAUUUUUAUUCGCUUCGAUCCCUAAUGAAGUGGGAAACCAUAAUUUCAGGAGAUGACUCCCUACACUACCAUGCGUAAACAGGCUGAGGCAAGGAAAUAUCCGCUAACAUGCAGGCUGUGUGGUAGCAAGCAUCCGAUUCGACUGUGCCCAGUGUUUCGGUCCAAAUAGCCGGAGGAUUGCCUUCGUGAAGUGUUAGUGCAUCGGUACUGUACUAAUUGCUUGUCCGGGAUGCAUCGUGCCGCUCAUUGCACUCAUCCGGGAACUUGUCGACGCUGUAAAGAGCAACACCAUACAAUGAUUCUCAUCGAUCUACCAGGCGAUGAACAACCGCGGGCCAGUCGCAAUGACGCAGACGACAGCGAUGCGAUUUCGUUAGUCGCGUCCGAGACUGGAGCGGAAACAAUUGCUUUCCGCCCGGACUUCGAGGAAGGGGAAUUGCUAAGCGCUGGAGCGGAAACCAGUGCUUUCCGCCCAGACGAAGCGCCCGGAAUGGAGUCAAAUGCACUCCAUCCGGAUUCUGCGAGCGAGCUAGAGUUGGAACCCCAACAUUUCGGACAGCUCUUACGAUACCAGCCAAGAGAGAGCGGAUUGGAAAUUAGAACUUUCCAACCGCGAUACUAUACCUCAUACCCCCAACCUCGAUACUAUACCUCAUACCCCCAACCUCGACGACGAAGUAACCACCCACGGCAUAAGCGUCGCAACGGGAGAGUGGAAUCACACGCAUUCCACCUCCCUAAAAGAACCGGAUUUCGGUCUGGGCAAGAUCACGCCCCAAUGAAUCCGAUACAACAACUCACCGCAGUUGCGCCAACAGCCAUCGUGAGGGUAGAAGCAGGAGGACGCUUGCACCUGGUAAGAGCUUUGAUUGAUCCGUGUGCCGCAACAUCCAUUAUCGCAGACGACCUCGCGCGAGAGCUGAAGCUCAAUUUAACGGCAGUCGGCAAUCAACGAGGGUGUUUCAUAAAACUACGCGGAAAACACGGAAAUUCCACGACCAUAACAAUGCACGCGGUGGCCGUACGGAACUAUCGGCAACAAACGCCUUUAAAAAGUCUCGAUGCCACGGUC